AUGGGAUUUUUGUCGACGAAGGACAUCCUCAAUUUCCGCCGAACUGCGAACAAGAGGGAGAAGGAAAGCGCCUUCCAAGAUUAUUUCGACAAGCUCGAGCUGGCGAAAGAAAGGAAGGAUGCGUUCAAUCCUACCAUUGUUCAAACUACUGAAGAAUUCGAUGAUAUGCUUAACGAUAUGGUGACCAGAGCCCCUAUUACCAUUCGGACUGUGCAUUUGCCUGCGGGAUACACUAUGCAAGACCCCAGGCUGAGGGGAAAGACUUUCCCCGUCAUAAGAUCAUUUGUCGAAAGCCUGCCGGCCGGUGAACUGCCGGUCUUGCCCGCCAAGUCGAUGGUCGCUGAUAUUAAGCGCUCAUUGGUUCCACCUGCUUGGAACCCUAUCAAUGCAACUCAAGAAGACCAACGAAUUCAGGUUAUACUGCCCGAGUACGAACCUGUCGCAGAAUACAACGGCGACGUCCUUCUUGAACAAGGAAAGGAGGACGUUCUUCCCGAACCUAUGGAGGAACCGACUUUCAGCCCUGCAGAGAUCCAAGAAGCAUCGUUGCCUCACCGCAGAUUGUCUGCUGAUGUCGAUGCCACAUACAAGGCUUUUGUUGAAGCCCUGCGAAGGCAACGACUCGACUAA